AUGCGAGGAAACUCAUUUGUGUGUGUCAACUCGUUUGCUUCUGAGUCGAGUCGAAGGCACAAGCGUGGGCGACGGUGCGUGCGGUCAGUCCGCAGAAUGGCGUUUCCCCCGCCAGUCGCCGCCAUUCCGCCACACCUUUGCGCAUCCAUUCCCGCUCUUCCGACCGCGAUUUCCAUUCGCCAUCCACAUUCCAGCCACUCAAUCCCGUCUGCAGCUGCCGCGUCGCCGUCACGCCUCGUACACCUUAGUACCGCGUCGCCGUUAUCUCCCCUUUCAACAGCCUCCACUUCUUACCGCGGACACAGCCAGCAUCCCUCCACCGCUAUCAUCACCGCCGCCGCCGCCGUUGCGGACGGAGACGCGAUCGCUCCCACGUUUUCCGGCGCGUCCGGCGCCGUGAUCCCCGCGGUUGAAGCCGCCGGGGCCAGCGCCUUCGCGGCAGUUUCGCCGUUGAGUCCUGGAUCGCACGAUCGUCAGAGUGGCUCGACUAGCGACGGUACCGCUGCGGCUGCGGCUGCUACCCUGUUGUUUCGGUCGCGGAAACCGUCGCUGCUGCGACCCAACGCGACGAAUCGGCUGGAAUGCGCGACAACUCGCGAUAUGUCGCCAGGCUUCGCGCAGAAUGUCGGUGCAGGGGCGAAAAGGGUCGCCCGUGUUACCACGCAGACCGCGGGGGCGAUUUCCAGCGUCCUCCGACUUGCGCCUUCCGCCGACGCCACGCGUGGAGGAAACGGGGACGACAGCGGGCGGGGCAGAGAAGCGCAGAGGCGCAAAGGUGGGCAGGCGGAGCAGCGGCGGGGGGAGGGGAGAGCCCGGGCGGAAGAUGAGGGGAGUUUGACUGACGAGGAGGAGGAGGAGGGACAUCGGCGGAGGGUGCGUUUGGGGAAGGAGCGGCGGCUGGGGCAGCCGUGGAACUCCGGGAUUUCCCCCGCCGGCCAGCGCGCGUUCCGCCGACUGCUGCUCGGCGCGGACGGGGAGCGGGGGAAGGCGGAACGGGUGCUCAGCGCAUCUGCGGAAGCGGAGGCGGAGAGGCAGCAGGGGAGGGCGGGGAACUUCGGGAGAGUGGAUCGGUGGUCGCGACGUGAGCAAGGGUGGGCGGGCGAUGGGCGCGCGGAUGGUCCCGGAUGCGAUGAGGGCGGACGCGCGCUGGAGAUCCGCGGAAAGGGCGGGCAAAUGGCGGAGAAGGGAGAAGGGGAAUUGUCAGGGGAGAUAUCGGCGAGUGAUAUUAUGGCAAUUCUGAAGGGGUUGGGGAACAAGGGGCGGUGGCGGGAUGCGCUUGCGGUGUUUCACUGGGCGCGUGAAUGCGGAAAGAUCGGCGGGAGCUGCGCGGAGGGGGAAGAGGCGUGGCGGGAGCGCGGGAACCCGAUGGUGUCGCUGGUGCUGCGCAUACUGAGCCGAUGCGACCGCCCGAAUGAGGCGGACGAUUUGUUCCGCGCGCUCGUGGCGGACGGCUGUGCCCUUGAUGUAUAUGCUUACACCGCCAUGAUGAGCGCGCUCUCGCGCGCGGGGCGCUUCAACGACGCGAUCGCGCUCUUCCACUCGAUGCGCGCGGACGCGGGCGUGGCGCCCUCUAUAGUCACAUUCAACGUGGCGCUCGCCGCGUACGCGCGCAAGCGCGGGUGUUUCCACCACAUGGCGGCGCUGCUGCAGGAGAUCCGGACCGUUGGAUUGACGCCCGAUGAGUAUACGUAUAAUACGAUGAUUUCGGCGUGUGCUGAUGCGAUUGCCAAUGAGGAGGCGGGGGAUUACAUCCAAGAAGCGGAGCGAAUCUUUGCUGAGAUGCGGGUGGCAGGGCUGAAACCGACACGUGUCACGUACAACGCGCUGCUGGACGUGUACGGGAAGGCAGGCCACGUGGCACUCGCCCAUUCGGUGCUGGAGUCCAUGCUGGAGGCGGGCGUGCGGCCGAAUCUGGUGACUUAUAACGAGAUGAUCAGCGCGUGCGCGCGCAAGGGGCUGUGGCGGGAGGCGCGCGGGAUUGUGGAGUCCAUGCUCCGCGGAGGGGAGGCGGAAGGGGGAGGGGCGGAGGGGGAAGGGGGGAGGGGGGCAGAAGAGAAGGGGAAAGUUAAAAGGGAGGGGAAAGCGAUGGUUGGGGCUGAUAAGAUUGAGGGAGGAUUGGCAGUGGGGAAAGGGGUGGCAGGAGGGGUGGCGGAAUUGAGGGGGAAUGAGGAAGGGGAGGAGGGAAGAGACGAGAGAGCAGGGUUAGGGGUUGGGGGACCAGAGAAAGAAGCUUCGGGGAAGAAGGAAAGUAAGGAGGAUCUUAUUCUCCCUCCCAAACCGGAUGUUUUUUCCUACACUGCCCUGAUAGCAGCAUACGGGAAGGGCGGGCAGGUUGAAAAAGUGAGGGAAACUUACGAGAUUAUGCUACAGCAGGGCUGUUUCCCAAAUCUUUUCACCUUCAACAUUCUCCUGGAUAUUUACGGGAAAAACAAGCUCUUUGCUGACGUGGCAUGGGUCAUGGAUGAGCUGGCAGCGAGCGGGAUCAAGCCCGACGUGGUGACGUGGAACACCCUGAUUCGCUGCUAUGGCCAGGCGCAGAUGCUGCCGAAAGUCGAGGCUACUGUAGAGGCGAUGCGAAGAUCCGGCUGCCGCCCGAAUCGGCGCACUUACAACGGUCUGAUCGACGCGUUUGGACGGUGCGGAUCGGCCGCUGAUGCAGCAGCGGUGUUUGAAGCAAUGAAGUGUGCUGGCCACACGCCAAACACUGCCACCUAUAUCGCUCUGCUUGCCGCCCAGUCCCGAGAAGGCCUGUGGGAAGAAGCCGAAAACACCAUAGAGACUAUGAGACGAACCGGUUACGCUCCCGAUGCUCUCGCUUACUCUUGUCUUAUUCACGCGUACGCUGCAGCUGGCGAUGCAAGCAGGCUUCUAGAUGCGGUUUCCCGGCUGGAAGCUACUGGGAAGAUUCCCAGGUCUACCUCCCCCAGAUGCCCCUGGGAGGUGCACAAGUCGCUGGUUUUGGCGUUUUGCAAGUGUGGGUGUGUGGGGGAGGCAGAGGCGGCUUUAGAGAGGAUGAGGGGGAUGGGGCAUGUUCCCGAUCUGGUGGUGUGGAAUGCGGUGCUGGGGAUGUACGGGCGGUUGGGGAGGGUGGAGAGGGCGGAGAGGGUGAGGGGGAAGAUGAGGAGGGAGGGUGUGGGGGGGGACGUGGUGACUCAUAACGUGAUGAUGAGUGUGUAUGGGAGGGAGGGCAUGAGUGAGAGCGUGGAGCGGGAAUUUGAAGGCAUGAAGGCCCGAGGGGUUGCACCGGACGCUGUCUCUUACUCCUCCAUCGUUCUCACGCUCUGCAAGGUGGGAAGAGUGGAGGCAGCUAGUCGCUACGUGGCAGAGUGCGAGGCGAGCGCCCUUUCCCUCUCCCCUGCUGCUCUGAACGCCUUUGCCUCGGGCUGCAUCUCUGCCGGGCGGCCCACUGAUGCCGUCAGGGCAAUGGAGGCAGCGGAGAGACGUGCCGGCAGGGCACUGGCUGCAGUGAAGGCUCUUGCUUUUAAAUGCGUGCUGGGCGGCCCACUGAUGCCGUCAGGGCGAUGGAGGCAGCGGAAAGACGUGCCGGCAGGUGAGCAGGCAAGGUGUGUUAUGGCUCUCUCCCCCUGCCACCUGCACCUCUCAACGCCUUUGCCUCGAGCUGUCUUUCUGCUGGGCGGCCCACUGAUGCCGUCAGGGCGAUGGAGGCAGCGGAAAGACGUGCCGGCAGGUGAGCAGGCAAGGUGUGUUAUGGCUCUCUCCCCCUGCCACCUGCACCUCUCAACGCCUUUGCCUCGAGCUGUCUUUCUGCUGGGCGGCCCACUGAUGCCGUCAGGACGAUGGAGGCAGCGGAAAGACGUGCCGGCAGGUGAGCAGGCAAGGUGUGUUAUGGCUCUCUCCCCCUGCCGCCUGCACCUCUCAACGCCUUUGCCUCGAGCUGUCUUUCUGCUGGGCGGCCCACUGAUGCCGUCAGGGCGAUGGAGGCAGCGGAAAGACGUGCCGGCAGGUGAGCAGGCAAGGUGUGUUAUGGCUCUCUCCCCCUGCCACCUGCACCUCUCAACGCCUUUGCCUCGAGCUGUCUUUCUGCUGGGCGGCCCACUGAUGCCGUCAGGACGAUGGAGGCAGCGGAAAGACGUGCCGGCAGGUGAGCAGGCAAGGUGUGUUAUGGCUCUCUCCCCCUGCCGCCUGCACCUCUCAACGCCUUUGCCUCGAGCUGUCUUUCUGCUGGGCGGCCCACUGAUGCCGUCAGGGCGAUGGAGGCAGCGGAAAGACGUGCCGGCAGGUGAGCAGGCAAGGUGUGUUAUGGCUCUCUCCCCCUGCCGCCUGCACCUCUCAACGCCUUUGCCUCGAGCUGUCUUUCUGCUGGGCGGCCCACUGAUGCCGUCAGGGCGAUGGAGGCAGCAGAGAGACGUGCCGGCAGGUGAGGAGGAAAGGUGA